AUGGCAUCUCGAGUGUCCAUCUGGAUCUGGCCUUGGCUCCUGAGUCUGCUGGUCGUCCUGGCCCCAGGGGCUGCAGUUCGCUUCAACAUCUCAAGCCUCUCUGGUCUGCUGUCCCCGGCGCUGGCCGAGAGUCUGCUGGUACCUUUGCCGCCCUGCCACCUCACGGGGGGCAAUGCCACACUGUCCGUUCGAAGGGCCAAUGACAGCAAAGUGGUGCGAUGGAACUUCACGGUGCCCCCCUGCCGGGCACGCAGGGAGCUGGUGAGCGUGGUGGACAGCAACGCCGGCUUCACGGUCACGCGACUCAGUGCCUACCGGGUUACAAACCUAGCGCCCGGGACCAUGUACUACAUCUCCUACCUGGUGACGAAGGGGACAGCUACGGAGAGCAGCAGAGAGAUCCCCAUGUCCACCCUUCCUCGAAGGAAAGCGGAGUCCAUCGGGCUGGGCAUGGCCCGGACAGGGGGCAUGGUGGUCAUCACGGUGCUGCUCUCCGUCGCUAUGUUCCUGCUGAUCUUGGGUCUCAUCGUGGCCCUGGUGCUGGGCGCCCGGAAGUGA